CUUAGCUGCAGUACCCAUUACAUCUUAAUUUUUGUGAAAUUUGAGAAAGAAAAGAAUAUAUGGGCAAAGCUGAGUUACCUUUGCCUUUUGAUACUGCUUUGUCAUCACAUGCAUUCCACUUUGCACUACAAAAUCCACUUUGGACCCUCAAAAAACCCCCCAAAUUUUUUGCCUCUCUCACAAGAAAAGCAUACACAUUUUCCUCCUUCUCCUUCCUCAUAUAUUUGAAGACCAAAGUCCAUUUUUCUUUCUCUCUCUCUUUCUCUCUCGCUCUCUCUAUAUCCUUACUCUUUUCUUAGGUUUAAGACUUAGCCCCACCUUCCAUAUAGACGCCGUGUUAUUAGACCCUUCUUCUUUGGGUGUUUUUGUUGUCCAAGAUAAAUGGAAUGAAGCCAAGAUUCUUGAAGCUUUUACCAUAGAGCUCUCACUUCUGAGUAUUAGUACUAUCCCCACCUUGUGUUAUUUUAGGGUGUUUUGUCACUAUGAGAGCUGGAGGCUGCACGGUGGAGCAAGCCCUCACGGCGGAUGCUGCAAACGUGGUGAAACAAGCCAUGGGGUUGGCUAGACGGAGAGGACAUGCUCAGGUCACACCUCUCCAUGUAGCUAGCACCAUGCUCUCUGCUCCCACGGGUUUACUUAGAACAGCUUGUCUCCAAUCUCACACUCACCCUCUUCAAUGCAGAGCCCUCGAGCUCUGCUUCAACGUAGCUUUGAACCGCCUCCCGACCUCUACAGGGAGUCCUAUGUUAGGGGUUCCAACUUCCCCUUUCCCUUCUAUCUCCAACGCUCUCGGUGCAGCUUUCAAACGCGCACAAGCUCACCAACGACGUGGUUCUAUAGAGAGCCAGCAACAACCGAUCUUAGCAGUCAAGAUCGAAGUGGAGCAGCUCAUAAUAUCUAUCCUCGAUGAUCCUAGCGUGAGUAGAGUGAUGAGAGAAGCUGGUUUCUCGAGUCCUCAAGUGAAGACUAAAGUCGAGCAAGCUGUUUCUUUAGAGAUUUGCUCUAAAACAACCUCUUCGAGUAAACCCAAAGAGGGGAAGUUAUUAACUCCUGUCAGGAACGAGGAUGUUAUGAACGUUAUCAACAAUCUUGUCGACAAAAAGAGAAGAAAUUUCGUGAUCGUAGGAGAGUGUUUAGCCACUAUUGACGGAGUUGUGAAGACGGUGAUGGAAAAAGUCGACAAAAAAGACGUGCCCGAGGUUUUAAAAGACGUAAAGUUCAUAACUUUAUCGUUCUCAUCGUUCGGGCAACCAAGUAGAGCCGAUGUGGAACGUAAGCUAGAGGAGCUAGAGACACUCGUGAAGAGCUGUGUAGGGAAAGGAGUGAUUCUAAAUCUGGGAGAUCUAAACUGGUUCGUAGAGUCAAGAACCAGAGGUUCUUCACUGUAUAACAACAACGAUAGCUACUGUGUUGUGGAGCAUAUGAUAAUGGAGAUUGGGAAGUUGGCUUGUGGGUUAGUCAUGGGAGAUCAUGGAAGGUUUUGGUUAAUGGGUCUUGCGACUUCACAGACUUACGUGAGAUGCAAGUCUGGUCAACCCUCGCUUGAAUCUCUCUGGUGUCUCACUACUCUUACUAUUCCGGCGACUAGUAAUAGUCUCCGGUUGAGUCUCGUCUCCGAGAGUGAGCUUGAAGUCAAGAAAUCAGAGAACGUGUCUCUCCAGCUGCAGCAAUCAUCGGAUCAGCUCAGUUUCUGUGAGGAAUGUUCCGUCAAGUUUGAAUCGGAAGCUCGAUUCUUAAAGAGUAGCAAUAGCAAUGUAACCACUGUAGCAUUACCGGCAUGGCUUCAGCAGUAUAAGAAGGAGAAUCAAAAUAGUCACACUGAUUCAGAUUCUAUUAAGGAACUUGUGGUGAAGUGGAACUCAAUCUGUGAUUCAAUCCACAAAAGACCAUCUCUAAAAACACUCACACUCUCUUCUCCUACUUCUUCCUUUUCUGGUUCCACUCAACCUUCAAUCAGUACUCUUCAUCAUCUUCAAACCAACGGUGAUUGGCCCGUGAUCGAGACAAACACGCAUCGUCAUCAUUCUGUUGUCCAUGAGACAUCUCACUUAAGACUGUUCAUUCCAGAACAUGACAGCGAGCAAAAGACUGAGCUAGUCUGUUCGAAUCCUAAUUCUACAAUGAACUCUGAAGCCUCUUCAAGCGAUGCAAUGGAGUUGGAACAUGCCUCUUCAAGGUUUAAAGAGAUGAAUGCAGAAAACCUAGCAACUUUAUGUGCUGCCUUGGAAAGCAAGGUACCGUGGCAAAAGGAUUUAGUCCCGGAGUUAGCCAAAACAGUCUUGAAAUGCAGGUCAGGAUCGAGUACGAGGAAGAUUAACGGAAACGAGGAUAAAAAAGAAGAUACAUGGAUGUUCUUCCAAGGUCUUGAUGUAGAUGCUAAAGAGAAGAUCGCUAGAGAAUUGGCCAAACUCGUGUUUGGAUCGCAAGACAGCUUUGUCUCUAUCUGUUUGAGUAGUUUCUCGUCGACAAGAUCGGAUUCUGCAGAAGAUUUGAGGAACAAGAGGUUGAGAGAUGAACAAAGCCUGAGUUACAUAGAGAGAUUCUCGGAAGCUGUUUCGUUGGAUCCAAAUAGAGUGAUCUUAGUUGAAGAUAUUGAGCAAGCUGAUUAUUUGUCUCAAGUGGGUUUCAAGAGAGCUGUUGAGAGAGGAAGAGUUUGUAAUUCGAGUGGUGAAGAAGCUUCGCUUAAAGACGCGAUUGUGAUCUUGAGCUGUGAAAGAUUUCGUUCAAGAUCAAGAGCUUGUUCUCCUCCUAGUAACCAGAAAUCGGACGGUUCAGAUCAACCUGAGGACAAGAAUGUUGCUACUUGUGUUGCACUUGAUCUAAACCUAUCUAUUGAUAGUGCGUACGUUUGUGAAGAAGAAUCAUGUGAUGAGAUUGGCUUACUCGAAGCGGUAGAUGCACGGUUUCAUUUCAAGUGUUCAUCAACAUAACACUAACAGCAUGCACGUAUGCAUGUAACAUGGCCCAGUUUAUGAACAUGAUCAUUCGCAUUACAUGGUUUAUGGUCAACCGUUAUUUAAUUUGUUUCCCUUACGGACUUAUCUUUCAUUGGGUUGGGGCAAUACUUUGGGUUAAACGUGUAGUUGUAGAUUUGCUUUUUCAAUUUGGCUUAGGAACUUUUUAGAAGGAUAUGGGGUUAAACUAGAGAUUUUCCUUUUUUAUCUUUUUUUUUUUUUGUCUUAAUGUAAAAUUAUCAUAUUAUGGUCGUAAAUGGUAAUUUAUGUUCAUGGAUAAGAGACGGAAAAAUAAUCUUGACACACAUUGGAUUGAACCAA